GGCGCCUCCAGCCUCGGGACGCUCCCGCCGCCGCCGCCUCCCCGCCCCGCUCGUCAUGGCACCUCUCCGACUCCUCUGCUCCUGGCCACGUCUCUGCGCCUCGGCGCGCGGCUCCUGGGGCCCCCGAUCCAAGGGAGGUGUUUGCUAUUUUUCAACCAGCACAUGUCGCUAUACCAAAUUUUACAAAGAUCCAGUGGAGGCUGUAAAAGAUAUCCCUGACGGUGCAAAGAUCCUGGUUGGUGGCUUCGGGCUGUGUGGCAUUCCAGAGAAUCUCAUCGGAGCUUUACUGAAGACCGGAGUCAAGGGGCUCACCGCAGUCAGCAACAAUGCAGGGGUUGACAACUUUGGCUUGGGCCUUUUGCUUCGAAGCAAGCAGAUAAAGCGCAUGAUCUCUUCGUACGUGGGAGAAAAUGCAGAAUUUGAGCGACAGUACUUAUCUGGUGAAUUAGAGGUAGAGCUGACACCUCAGGGCACACUGGCAGAGAGGAUUCGUGCCGGCGGCGCUGGAGUUCCUGCCUUUUACACCAGCACAGGCUAUGGGACGCUGGUGCAAGAAGGAGGGGCACCGAUCAAGUACAACAAGGAUGGCAGCGUCGCCAUUGCCAGUAAGCCCCGAGAGGUGAGGGAGUUCAAUGGUCAACAUUUUAUUUUGGAGGAAGCGAUUACAGGGGAUUUUGCCUUGGUGAAAGCCUGGAAGGCAGACCGUGCAGGAAACAUCAUUUUCAGGAAAAGCGCCCGGAAUUUCAACCUGCCCAUGUGCAAAGCUGCAGGAACCACAGUGGUGGAGGUUGAAGAAAUUGUGGAUGUUGGAUCCUUUGCCCCAGAAGACAUCCAUAUUCCUAAGAUUUAUGUACAUCGCCUUAUAAAGGGAGAAAAAUAUGAGAAAAGAAUUGAGCGUUUAUCAACCCGGAAACAGGAAGAUGUAAAAGCCAAAUCCGGAAAACCUGGAGAUAAUGUGAGGGAGCGCAUCAUCAAGCGGGCAGCUCUUGAAUUUGAGGAUGGCAUGUAUGCUAAUUUGGGCAUAGGAAUCCCACUUCUGGCCAGCAACUUUAUCAGCCCAAAUAUGACUAUCCAUCUGCAGAGUGAAAAUGGAAUCCUGGGUUUGGGUCCAUAUCCAUUCGAAAAUGAAGUCGAUGCAGAUCUAAUCAAUGCAGGCAAGGAAACAGUUACUGUUCUUCCAGGAGCCUCUUACUUCUCCAGCGAUGAGUCAUUCGCGAUGAUUAGAGGAGGUCAUGUCAACCUGACCAUGCUAGGAGCCAUGCAGGUUUCCAAAUAUGGUGACCUGGCUAACUGGAUGAUCCCUGGGAAGAUGGUGAAAGGAAUGGGAGGUGCUAUGGAUCUGGUGUCCAGUGCCAAAACCAAGGUGGUGGUCACCAUGGAGCAUUCUGCAAAGGGAAAUACACAUAAAAUCAUGGAGAAAUGUACAUUGCCAUUAACUGGAAAGCAGUGUGUCAACCGCAUCAUCACUGAAAAGGCUGUGUUUGAUGUGGACAGCAAGAAGGGGCUGACUCUGAUUGAACUCUGGGAAGGCCUGACAGUGGACGACAUCAAAAAGAGCACCGGGUGUGACUUCGCAGUUUCACCAAAACUCAUGCCAAUGCAGCAGAUCACAAUUUGAAACGUGGAAUAAACAUUUAUCACAGGCUGUGUGUUUUUCGUUUUAACCACGUAGAGUUUCAGUAAUCAUAACUGUAUACUGAACAAGCAGCUUUUGACUAGGUCUUUCUAGCAUUUUAUGCUUUAUACAGCCUGUUCUCAAGCGUGCUAUGACAUUUUGAUGAACAAAAAGAAAAAAUACAUAUAUGAUUAUAGUUUUUGUUUUAUAAGUGCUUAGAAGGAUGUCUUUACAACUGGUGCUCUCAUUGAAUUUUUCUCCAUCUUCUGUGGUACGUACACUGAAUCGCAUGCAGUUUGCAUCAAGAUGGGCCUGUAGGGAGAGUUUCAUUGAUGUACUCUCCCUCCUAAAGAAAUUGUGAAGAAAAAGAGUGAGGGAGGAAAGUGACCCCUCCCCCAGGGUAACCAAGGCAGCAUUGCACUGGGUCCUGACGAGAACACGCAAGUGAAUUUUGAUUGGGAGGAAUGCUGUCUUAACGAUUGAUUUUCCUUCAGCAUUCUCUGACUUUUUGCGGGGAGCCUCUGAUUGUGUGAUUCCAUCUUGUUUUCCUAGAGCACCUCUCUUCCUCCCACACUUUCUGUAACCAAAUAGAUGCCUAAGAAGGGAGGCAGGGGCAUGUCUGUGUGGGAGGAGUAACUGUGCAGGAGGGAGACUCGGUGCAGGGCCUGUUGGUGCUGACAUCCUACCUAAGUUGCCUUGACCAACCAACCAACCAACCAACCAAUCAACCAACCAACCAACCAACCAACCAACGAACCAUCUGUGCUUUGCCAGUGCCUUAGUCAUCUAGUCAGUUUCCUCAUUGUGAAGCAGUGCAGUAUUCGUAUGUAUCCAGAAGGUCCUUAAGAGUCUUUCUCUAUGUUAUUGAGGACCAGUGGGCAACUUGAACAAUACCUGCUCUUCAGCCAAGAAGGGCUGUGGGAUAAUUUAUCAUGAAUCCAUUGUCACAGUGAACACACAGGUGUGUUUUUUGUUUUUUGUUUGUUUUUAAUUUUUUUCAGGCUCUCUUAUUUCUGGUCAGAAAAGUUUCUAAAUUUGAGUGCCUUUUCCUACAGAAGAAUGUUUUCUUCUGACCAGACUACUUCCUUGAACAAAGUACUUUUAAUUCAACUCUAUGCAAGUAGGGGAAGUAAGGAUGAGCAAAUCUAGGAUUUGAAGAGUGGUGAUUGAAUUUCUAUUGUUAAAAAAUAAACAUAGUGGAUUAGGUUUUGUAAGGAAUAACUUCUUAGAGGUAUCCUCAGUACCAAACAGUUGCUGCAGGGGUAACCCAGCAAUAUAUGGGGUGAGAAGUCUGGGCACCCUAACGACAGGCCAGACUGCUGUUCGCCAGACAGAGGCAGGCAUAGCAGAGGAUGCUGUGUUAUUCCUCUGGCUCCAGACAUAGGGAUUUAUUCAUGUUUUUUGGGUGAUGGUUGUCAUUGAAAGUCACUUUCUCUUCAUAUACAGCUAUUGUGUGUCAUGCAUGGUAUUAGAGGGAGGAGAAAGGCUUUUUUUUAAGAAGCACACUCCAUAUAUAAAAUAGUCUUUUCUACCAGCUUCAUGGUUGAAAGCAUACUCUCCCAAUACUGGUAAAAUGGAUUCUUUAGAAUUUGUGAGGCCUAGAGAAUAAUAUAUAUCUACGUUAGAGUUAUGAUUAGGAAAAAUGCGUGGUAUUGAUGAUUGCUUUAUUUGCAAGCUUAUUUGCUUAUCAUUCCAGUCUGUUACUUUAAGACAAUGUGUUUCUAAGAAUGUUCUCAACUUUAAAUGGCGAAACCUAAGCAGAUGACUUUAUAUUCUUGAUUAAAGAGUGCUAUGGAUAUUAAGAAAUGCAAUAAGAAAUACAAUAAAUAUUUCAAAUUUA